AUGUCUCGAAACGAUCAUGACGCUGUAAACGACCAAUCCUACGACAGCCAAGAUGGCUCCGCGCAGAACAUGAACCACCAUCCCGUCGACCUAGAAGCUGGAUCGCCAGCACGCGAAAAGGCCUUUCCCAAAAAUGAGCCACGACCUCUUCGUCUUAAAGAUCGCGUUGUACGAAUCACAUGGGGCUGGUUCCCCUGCACAAUGGCAACGGGCGGUCUCGCCAACUUACUAGGAGAGCAGCCCUACACCUUUACCGGACUGCAGACAAUCGGGAAGAUCUUCUAUAUCCUCAAUCUGGUCCUGUUCCUCACCUUUACUAUGCUCAUCGCCGCGCGAUUUGUCAUGAAGCCUCGGGCGUUCUCAACCAGUUUACAUCAUCCGUCGGAAUCAUUCUUCUUCGGCGCAUUCUGGGUCUCCCUCGCGUUGAUCCUGACGGGCGCGCAGUCCUACGGUGGACCUGCGACGGGGCCUUGGUUCACCACGGCGAUACGGGUGGUUUUCUGGAUUUACUAUGCCUGCGAGAUGAUUGUUGCAGUAACGCAGUACCAUAUCAUCUUCGAGACAGAAAAGCUCGAUUUAUCGGAGGCGCUGCCAGCGUGGAUUCUACCAGCGUAUCCAUUCCUUGUCACUGGUAUCCUCGCUGCCAAGGUAGCGGGCAGUCAGCCCCAAUGGAGUGCAGUGCAGAUUAUUAUUGCCGGUCUGAUGGGACAAGGGCUUGGGUGGAUGCUUGCUCUCUUCAUCUAUGCUGUUUAUUUAUCGCGUCUGAUCCAGCAUCAAUUGCCGGCUGCGUCUAAGAGGCCUGGUAUGUUCAUCGCCGUCGGUCCAACUGCAUUUACAUGCGCCGGCCUCAUAUCACUGGGAACACAGGCCAAGUCUAUUUUACCAGACGACUUCCUCGGCAGCCUCAGCUUCCCUAUCGGUGAACUGUGGUAUGGAGUUUCCAUCGCCGCGGGUCUCUUCAUUUGGCUUGUCGCAAUUUGGUUCUCGGCUCUCUCCGCGUUAUCCGUUCUUCGCGCGUCUCGAAAGAUGGAGUUCAGUCUGUCCUGGUGGGCGCUGGUUUUCCCCAACGUUGGUCUCGCGCUCGCUACCAUUAAUGUUGGCAAAAACCUUUCUUCGAGAGGGAUCCAGGCUUUUGGUUCUGCGCUGACUAUCGUAUUGGUCAUUGUGUGGUUUAUCUGCGCAGCUGCCCAUAUUCGGGCUAUAAUCAACAGGGACUUACUUGCUGUGGGUAAAGAUCUUGAGGUGGAGCAUGUGAACAAACAGCACGAUAGGAAGGCCGCGAAGAGGGCAAGUUAG